CGACAGGCACAAUUGGGGCUUUUUUGGCCUUGUGGGCGUCCAAAAAAAAAACCCCCCCCACCUACAAAAAAUAAUCUCGCCUUUUCCUCUUCAAAUCACGGCCCGUAUACUCCUAUUCGAGCCUGUAUUGGCCACCGUCUUCCCGGCUACGACGUCGCAACCACGAAAACGAAAGGCUGCAAAUAUAAUCACACUCUCCUUCCUCUACCAUUUCUAUCGGUCGCUGCAGCCCGAACCUCGAAGCCUGCUAUCUCGCGUCGUCCUUACUAGCGUUACCGUUUUUUUCCAGAAAAAAAAAGAGAGAAACUGAAGGCGGUUGAAGGCGGGGCAACUUUCCUCUACCCGGCUUCUCUCCCCCUCCCCCUCGUCCCUCUACGAACGUAUCUACCUUGAUCUACGCACCGCUAGAACCCUCUGACUAUACGCCCUCCCAACAUGGCGCCCUCUUUCGAUCAUCUGCGUGAUGCAGACGUCGACGAGGAUGACUACGAUGAAGAUGAGAUUGACUUCUCCGACCUGCGCGAGAAGUAUGAGGUCCAGCUCGAGCAAGGAUACGACGCCUUCGUCGUCAUCGACGGUCUGCCCGAAGUCACCGAAGAGCAGAAGCCCAGGCUGGUGAAAUUCUUGCUCAAAAAGCUAAAUCAGGUUGGGAAGACGAAAGAAGACCAAGUCUACAUGCCCAUGGAGAAUGGCUCGUCGCUGAGGUUCGCCUUUGUGGAAUAUUCCUCGCCAGCCGAAGCCGCCGCCGCUGUGAGGCAGCUUGAUAUGGUGCCCUUGGACAAGAGACACACGCUGAGGGUCAACAAGAUGAGCGACAUCGACCGAUACGGGCGGGAAGGUCGUGUAGACGAUAACUACGUGCCACCUAAGAUCGAGGAAUUUACCCCAAAGGAGCACUUGCGCUCCUUCUUAGCCGACCCGAGUGGCCGCGGUCGUGAUCAGUUUGCUAUGUAUCGGGGUGACGUCGUCGGCGUAUUCUGGAAUAACGAAAAGGAUACCCCCGAGAAUAUCGUCGACCGACAGCACUGGACCGAGAGCUUCGUCCAGUGGUCGCCCCUGGGCACUUUUCUAGUAUCCGUUCACCAGCAGGGUGUCCAGUUGUGGGGUGGUGCUUCCUGGUCUCGACAGAAGCGGUUCGCGCAUCCGUUUGUCAAUAUGCUCGACUUUUCCCCGAACGAGAAGUAUAUCGUUACCUGGUCGAACCGGCCCAUCUCCAUACCCGAUGAAGGACAUCCCCAGCUCUCCCUGGACGAGGACGGGAAGAACUAUGUUAUCUGGGACGUCGAAACUGCCAAGCCGUUGCGAUCAUUUGCGAACCUUGAUCUUCCGAGUGCCAACGACUCCCACGCGAUACCAGCCAAACAACCACCAAAGUUUCCCUGGCCGGCGUUCAAGUGGUCUGCGGAUGACAGGUACGUAGCGCGGUUGACCCAGGGCUCCUCCAUAUCGGUCUACGAGCUGCCUCGCAUGGGCCUGCUGGACAGGACGACGAUUAAGAUCGACGGCGUCAUGGACUUCGAGUGGGCGCCUUCGACGCCUCAAAGAGACGGCGUCAAACAGUACGAACAGCUUUUCUGCUUCUGGACGCCGGAGAUUGGGAGCAAUCCCGCGAAAGUUGGCUUGAUGAGCAUACCCUCGAAGCAGAUUGUCCGAUCGUUGAACUUGUUCAGCGUUUCGGACGCUAAACUUCACUGGCAAUCAGAUGCCACGUACCUUUCCGUGAAGGUCGAUCGGCAUUCCAAGUCGAAAAAGUCGCAGGCCACCACCCUCGAGAUCUUCCGUGUAAAGGAAAAGGGCGUCCCGGUUGAAGUUGUAGACACGAUCAAAGACACUGUCAUCAACUUCGCCUGGGAGCCGAAGGGGGAUCGUUUCGUUAUCAUCACCACUCCGGAGCCGACCGGCCCCACAGCUGUCGCACCCAAAACCUCGGUUGCCUUCUUCUGCCCCGAGAAGGCCAAGGGAUCAGCCGUAGGCAAUUUCAAGCAUUUGCGGACCCUCGAUAAAAAGAACAGCAACGCCAUCUACUGGUCCCCCAAGGGCCGCUUUGUUGUCAUUGCCACAGUUGCCAACCAGCAGAGUUCGGAACUCGAGUUCUACGACCUCGAUUUCGAAGGCGAGAAGCCCGAGAGCGAUAAGGACCUCACGGCUAACUUGCAGCUCAUGAAUGCGGCUGACCACUACGGCGUCACAGACAUCCAGUGGGAUCCGUCAGGGCGUUUUGUCGCCUCGUGGGCGUCCGUCUGGAAGCACGCGAUGGAGAAUGGGUACCACGUGUACGAUUUCAAGGGUGAACUGCUACGGGAGGAACACGUUGAAAAGUUUCGCCAAUGGUUAUGGCGACCACGCCCCCCCACACUCCUUACGAAGGACGAGCAAAAGCAAAUCCGCAAGAAUCUAAGGGAGUACUCGAAGACGUUCGAGCAGGAGGACGCGGAACGCGGAGCGUCGGCCGAUUUGGCGGUUGUCGAGGCCAGGAGAGGCCUGCUCGACGAGUGGCUGGCGUGGCGUGCGUCUGUCGAAGCUGAGCUCGAGGACGAGAGGUUCGACCGAGGUUUGCCAAAGCACCCGGCCGAGGCGGACGGCAAGGCGGCAGACGAUGGCGAGGAGCAAGUCAUCGAAGAGAUUGUCGAGGAGGUGCUCGAGGAGAGCGAGGAGAUCAUUCCUUGAUAUUCUUCUCUGUCCGCACCGCGGUGUGGGUUGGCCGGGGAUACCUAACAAAUAAACGGCAUUCUAUGCGAGGGCACUUAUGAGAUUUGCUGCUAGGUGGCAUUAACCAUGACGAUUGUGGCCAAUCGACACGUGCCUAAUUAAGAGGACCGGGAGAGAACCAGGUGUGUUCCUGCUAACAUGUCCCUUCGAGUUUGGCCUAUAAUAGUAUGUAAAUGCAUAUCAUAUGCCUUCCUAGGCACCGUGCUGGCCCGAUCGGGGUGUUCUCGGCGUGGGCUUCUCUGUCCGAUUCUACCGCGCAGCUAGCGACGUGGCAUUCGUUUUCGGACGCGCUGUCGAGGUGUGUAGCAGGUGGGAAGACUGUGGGAUGCCGCAGCCCCAUCUUAGCCACGAGGGAGAGUUGGGAGAAGGAGGUUGUAAAUGAAGACGGAGAUGCGGAGUGCAUGCAUGAGUUGAAACGCCUCGAGCGAGUAAACGAAACAAAGUAUAGAAACGAAACAAAUGUAGGCGAGUUCACCUGCUGUUUCUAGCCCCUGCCGUAUCCGUUCCGGGGAGGAAGGUCACAGGUGAGAAUCUAGACUGCCUCCUGUCUUCCAUCCUACCUGGCCGCCUG